AUGAAUUUAGCAUUACGAAAUUAUCCUGUAAAACUCGAAUCAAAAUUUCAAGAUGGUUCAAUACAUUGUAUUUGUUUUAAUCAACAAGGUACCAUGUUGGCAAGCGGUUGUUCUGAUGGAUAUUGUAAAGUUUGGGAUGCACAAUCAAUGAGCAUUGUUCAUAAAAUGAAAUGUCACAUCUCAACUGUUACUAGUGUAAGCUGGUCGCAUAAUGGACGAUAUUUGCUUUCUUCUGGUGAAGAUAACAAAUGUGUUUAUUGGGAUCUCAAGGAAAAUACUCAAAAAUGGAUUAAAUUUUCUGGGACUGUACUAAUGGCACAAAUGCAUCCUAGAAAUAAUCGUGUGUUUGUUGCAACAGUAUCUCAAGAACCGGCGUUAAUUGUAGAAAUUACUAAUGAGAAAAUCAAAAGAUUUUACCUACCAAAUUAUAUGAAAGAAAAACCCAAUAUUACACCUGAUACAAAUAAUAAUAGUGGUGGAGAAGAAUCAACUUCUAACAAUGAUUCAAAAAAGGGUAAGCGUAUUAUAGCAGGAACUAAUAAAGGACAUUUGUACUUGAUAGAUGCUGAAAUUAGAAAGUCAUUUGGCAAUACAGAUGUUGUGGUAAAUGUUUCCGAUAAAACAAUACGUCUUUAUUGUUUAGAUGAAAAUGGAAUACAUAAUUCUGAAUUACAAUUUUCUGAAACUGUUAAUAAAGAUAAUUGGAAUCAAUGUUGUUUUAAUCAAGGUGGUGAUUAUGUGAUUGGUGGUUCUGGAAAAUUAGCAGCACAUCAAAUAUUUAUAUGGGAUAGGAGAACCACAAGACUAGUUCAAGUUUUAGAAGGACCAAACGAACAACUAAUAGAUUUAGCACAACAUCCAAUACAACCAACUAUUGUUUCUGCAGACGCUGAUGGAACAAUCUACACUUGGGCAACAAGUCAUAAAGAAAAUUGGGGUUGUGAAAGAGAAUCCAUUGAACAAGGUGAUGACAAUAAUGACAAUGAUGAGAGUGAGGAAUUGAUUGAUGUUUUAAGUAUUGAUAAACCGACUCAAUAUUGGCAAAAUAUCACUUUGAGAAAUACUUAUCAGCAACAACUUUACCAAGCAACAUUAAAUUUUGAAAUGGUUAAUCCAAAGGAAGCAGGAGAAAACAAUGGUGUGGAAUGUGCUGACUUUAGGAAUUUGUAUACACUUGGUGUGCAUCAAGGUUCUUUUGAUUUAAGUUAUGGGAUUGGAGUUGAUUUAAGUGUAGCAGCAGCAUACCUAUGGCCAACACUGUAUGGUUCUUAUGGGUUUGCCAACUAUGAUCAGUUUCCACCUUUACCAACUGGCGAGAAAAUUUUACCACCAACACCCAAAUUUGAUAGACUUGUCUUGGUACUAAUUGAUGCAUUAAGAAGUGACUUUGUUUUUGGAGAAAAUUCUGAAAUGAAAUUUGUUAAAAGAAAAUCAUUAUGCAAUUCCAUACACAGCUAUUGCAACAGCUCCAACAGAACUGUACCAAAUUUUUUAGAUGCAAUACUUAACAUUGCAGAUUCUGAUACAUCUUCCACAUUAAAAAAUAGUGAUAACUGGUUAGUUCAGAUGAAAAUUAAUGGAAAUAAUAAAUCUAUUUCUUUUUUUGGUGAUGACACUUGGAUAAAAUUAUUUCCAGGAAUUUUUGAUAUAACAGAUGGAACAACAUCUUUUUUUGCAACAGAUACAGUUGAAGUUGAUUUAAAUGUAACAAGAAAUAUUAAACCACAGUUAUUAUCACAAAGCUGGGAGGUUUUGAUAUUCCAUUACCUUGGAUUAGACCAUGUUGGACAUUCAAGUGGUCCACAUAGUCCUCUUAUGAGACCUAAGCAGCAUGAAAUGGAUAAAGUAAUAAAAACUAUAUUUGAAAUAAUUAAGGAUCAAGAUAGCAAAAGAUUAAACAAUAAUCCAAAUUCUAAACCCACUCUUCUUGUAUUGUGUGGAGAUCAUGGAAUGAAUGAGGCAGGAAAUCAUGGUGGAUCAUCUGCUGGUGAAAUUUCAACAGCAUUACUUUUCAUAAGUUUUGAAAAAUUAAGGCUCCUUCAAUUGAAUUCAUAUCAACUUGCAGGAAUAUUAAAAUCAACAUGGAAAUCAUUUGAUCGUAAUCCGGACAUUUCGAAUGAACCAAGUAAAGAUAUCUGUAGUGCUAUUCCUAAUAAUGAUCAAGAAAGAUUACAAUGUUUCUUUAAUUUGGGAUAUUAUUAUCACAAAAAAGCACUAUUUACUCAAGAUAAAGAUCAUAUUCAAAAGGCAUUCUCCAGUUAUGAUAAAUUCAUAAAUGAAUCUAGGAGUAAACUUACAUCAAGUUUUAGUGAUUAUGAUAUUUUUUCAAUGUUAAGGAAUUCCAAUUCAUUAGCUUCAAUUGAUAUUAGUAAUGCGUAUACUGGAGUUGAAGAAUAUAAUAUAGGAUUGGUUGGACUAUUAACGUUCUUAAUAAAUUGGUCAGCAGUCACAAUUCUAAGAAAUCAUUUAUUUAUUUGGACAGUCUUCUCACCAAAAUAUUUAUAUCAGAUAGUUUGGAAUAUUUGUCAUCAUUUCUUUAUAGAAUUUAUUUUAGCUGGUUUAUUGGAAGUAUUAGGAUAA